GCGAGUGAGUGCGGGACGCGCGGCCGCCGCCCCCAGCGCAGCCCGCGUGGGCCCGGGAUCGCCGGGCCUGGCCGCCGGCCGGCCGUGCCGAGUUCAGCCGCCAGGCCAGCAUGGUGGACCACUUGCUCCCAGUGGACGAGACCUUCUCGUCGCUGAAACGCCCUGUCUGUUUUCUGGGUGAUGGGCGGGCAUACCACAUGCUACCCUCGCCCCUCUCCGAGGACGACAGUGACGCCUCCAGCCUCUGCUCCUGCGCCAGCCCUGACUCGCAAACCCUGUGUUCCUGCUACGGAGGCGGCCGGGCGGCUGAGGGCCAGGACAGUAUCCUGGAUUUCCUGCUGUCCCAGGCCACCCUGGGCGGCGGCGUUGCGGCUCAUGGCAGCCCCAUGGCCUGGGGGAGCUGGCGGAAAACACCGGCCCCUGUGAAGGGGGAGCAUUUCAGUUUCCCCGAGUUCCCCGUGGGCGACCCUGAUGACGUCCCUCGGCCCUUCCAGCCCACCCUGGAGGAGAUCGAAGAGUUUCUGGAGGAGAACAUGGAGCCGGCGGUGAAGCAGGCCCCAGAGGGCAGUGGCAAGGACUUGGACACCUGUGGCCAGCUCUCUGCCGGGCCGCACAGAGGCCACCUCCACGCCGGGGCCGGCGGCAGAGAGCGUUGCGCCCCCCCGUCGGGCCCUGGUGCAGCUGGCAGCCAGGGCCCACUUGAGGGCCCCAGCUCUGACCCCCCUGUCCCGCUGCUGCUGCAGAUCCAGCCAGUGCCGGCGAAGCAGGAGUCGGGCGCGGAGCCUGCCUCCCCAGGGCAGCCCCCAGAGGCUGUCAGGGUGGCACAGCUGCUGGUCAGCAUCCAGGGCCAGACCUUCACGCUUGUGCCCCAGGUGCUGCCCUCGUCCAGCCUCAGCUUGCCCUCCAAGUUCGUGCGCAUUGCCCCCGUGCCCAUCGCCGCCAAGCCCCUUGGGUCGGGACCCCUGGGGCCCGGCUCUGCAGGCCUCCUCGUCGGCCAGAAGUUCCCCAAGAACCCGGCGGCCGAACUCCUCAAGAUGCACAGGUGCACUUUCCCCGGCUGCAGCAAGACGUACACCAAGAGCAGCCACCUGAAGGCCCACCUGCGCCGGCACACGGGCGAGAAGCCCUUCGCCUGCACCUGGCCGGGCUGCGGCUGGAGGUUCUCGCGUUCGGACGAGCUGUCGCGACACCGGCGUUCGCACUCGGGCGUGAAGCCCUACCAGUGCCCCGUGUGCGAGAAGAAGUUCGCCCGCAGCGACCACCUGUCCAAGCACGUCAAGGUGCACCGCUUCCCGCGCAGCAGCCGGCUGCCGAGGCCCUGACCCGCCCCCGCCCCCGCCCCCGCCCCCGAGCGGCCGCCGCCUCCUCCAGGCACUCUGUAGCAAUAAGUUAUCAGCCCCCGUUGAGGGACGUGACGCCCAUCUGGGCCACCUGGAGCCCGGGGGUGCGGACUCAGCACCGCCACCUCCCCGGGGACCCGGAGGCGGCUGCGCUGACCGGAGGCAACUGGCGCGCCCCGCGCCUUCCGCGGCCCAGCCCCCCUCUUGCUGGGCUCCCGGCCUGGGCCGGGCCAGCGCUCAGGCCGGGGGAAGGAAAAGUGCGCAGUGUUGAAAUGUCAGUUCCCAGAGGGAGCGUGCGGGGAAGAAGGAAGUAGGCCAGAAGUCCAGGCUGCACUGUGGCCUGGGCGUGGCUCCAUCCCCGGCCUGACCACCAGAGUACGCAGGGCGGUACAGGGGCGGGACCUGGCUGCCGGGUGGCUGUGGGCUGGGUGAAAAAACCCCUCUCGGCAAGGCGAUAGUGCAUGUGCUUGAGUUAAACGUGCAGGACAGACGGACAGACGCAGGUCUGCCCCAGGGUGACGGUGCUGCGUGGCCCAGCCCCUUGUGCUGUGUGCAGACAAAUCCAGACGGCGCCUCGGGUCACCCUCAGGAGGACAGGGCUGGUGUAGGAGAGCUAGUAGGGCCUCCCAGACCCUGACCUAGAAGUGCAUCCCUCAUUUUGUCUAGGAAUUAAUAUCAAAUGGACUAGCUUGCUUUGAGAGGUUUAUUUCACAUCCUAUGAAUGUAUGUAAAUAAAAUGUACAUAGGUGCAUCGACAUAAAAUCUUUUAAUAACAUAUCAACAUUGUGUAAAUUUGAAAUAAAAUCUAUAAAGCUGGUGUACAUAUGUUACAAUUAUGUAUAUUUUCUUUGGUCCUUCAUAAAAAUAUA